AUGAUACAGCUUAAAACUGUAUUAAAUGUUAUUGAUAAUUCCGGUGCACUUCUCGCUGAGUGUAUUCGUGUGGCUCAUGGUGGAAGAUAUGGUGGUAUAGGUGACCCAAUUACAGUAGUAGUUAAAAAAGCUCGUCCAAUCACAAACAUCCCAGGUCAAACAUCAGGUUCUAGUGGUAAUCCUGCAACAAAAUUAGCAAUUCGUAGAGGAGAAGUUAAAAAAGCAUUGAUUGUACGUACACGUAAAGAAACCAGACGUCCGGAUGGUAGAUAUAUUAGAUUUGAUGAUAAUGCAUGCAUACUUUUAAAUAAUAAAUUGGAACCUUUGGGAACAAGAAUACUUGGUGUGGUCGGUUCUGAAUUAAGAGGGAAGAAAUGGGGAAAAGUUGUAAGUUUAGCCCCUAGAGUUAUUUGA